UGCUCUUCAUCAAGCAAGAACAUUGGGAAGGGUAUUAUGCUGUAGAAGGGUCAGUAUUGGUUCGUAAUGUUUUCAUAUCGGUGUAACACCAUUACAGAAUAACCAGUGAGACAGCAAUUAAGAGAUUCAUUCUAGUCAGAAGGGCCAUGCUUUUAUUCUUUAAAAAAAUGUGGUUAAUGGUUAAGUCAAAACAGCUGCAGUUAAUAUAAAGUAGCCUGUUUUAAGAGGCUGUCUGUAUUGAGAACUAAUACCUUCAGAGUGACAAGAGGACUUUGACAGUGCUAUGUACAGCUCAAGAUGUGCAGCAAGAAUGAAAAAGGAAGAGGCCCACCUAAUAACAAAGAUUCUGAUCAUACAGAAGUUCCUGAUGGAGGGUGGGGAUGGCUGAUUGUGUUUAACUUUUUUCUGGUAAAUAUAACUGUAAUGGGAACACUGAAAAACUUUGCAAUUUUCUUUGUGGCCUUUCAAGAAGAUAUUGGUGGCUCUUCUGAACAUGUCACCUGGAUUGGCGCUAUUAUGUCUUCUCUUCGAUUUCUAGCAGCACCACUGGUAACCACAGUAUGUCAAAUGCUAGGGGAACGGACAACGGCUUUGAUCGGAGCAUGUCUGGUUGGUGCUGGCUGUCUUACUAGCACAUUGGCCACAAGCAUUUCUUUCCUCUGUGCAACUAUGGGAUUCCUAGCAGGAUUAGGUUUUGCUUGCUUGUAUCAGAUUGCAGCAGUGAUGACUGUUAAGUACUUCAAGAAACGUCUGGCUCUAGCCAAUGCAAUUGGCCGUUCAGGAAUGGGACUGAGUGUUGUGUUGGCACCAUUUGUUCAACUUCUGAUCCAAACAUAUGGUUGGCAAGGUGCCCUAUUGAUAUACGGCGGUAUGAUGUUGAACCUUGUGCCUUCCAGCAUGUUACUACAACCAGUUAAUGAUAAGAGGAUGAAAGAUGUGGGAACAAAAAAUGAAGGCAAUCUAGUAUCUCUACACUCUAAGUUUCCAGAAACACUGAAAGACACCCUGGAUGAAAACUGCAUCACAGAAGUGGACAUGGUGGCUUCUUCCAAUCAUGAAUGUGAAAGUAAAAGCAAUCCAGAACAGGCUGAAGCACAAUUAGCCCCUGUAAUCCACAAGCAGUUUGACAUGCAAGUAAAAGCUCACCUCCUGGGCACCCACCAAAAUGACAAUGACAGCCACGCUAAUAGUCAAAACUUCUUUCCAAACAAGGAAGAAAAUGUCAAGUCACAGCUUUUCACAUCUUUUCCCAGCAAGAGGUGUCCACUUGAUUUUUCCCACCUGAAAAACCCUUUCUUCUACAUUUUUGCAUGGUCCUUUCUAUUCAGCCAACUUGCCUAUGUAAUCCCCACCUUCCACCUUGCAGCCAGAGCAAAAACUUUGGGAAUAGACCCAAUGGACACUGCUUAUAUCAUUACAGUAGCUGGAAUAAUAGAGACAAUCAGCCUAUUGCUCUCUGGCUGGAUUGCAGAUCAACACUGGAUCAAGAAGUAUCAUUACCAUAAAACAUACCUCAUACUUUGUGGUGUCACUAACCUGAUGGGUCCUCUGGCCACAACCUUCCCAUUGCUUACAACUUACUCUGUAUUCUUUGCCAUUUUCAGUGGUGGAUACCUGGCCUUGUUACUUCCUGUAUUGGUAGACCUUGUAGGUGCCGCCAGAUUCCACAGUGCUUUGGGACUUGCUUCAUUUAUUGCUGGGCUUGGAGUCAUCAGUGGACCCCCUAUUGCAGGUUGGUUGUAUGAUUACACUUGGACAUAUGCCUACUCCUUCAUUUUUGCUGGCAUCUGUUUUCUUGUUUCUACUGUUUCACUAUUCCUUGAACCUUUCACCCAAAAAUGGAGACUAAAGAAAGAACUUGAAUGAAUUGUGUAAGCCAGCACAACUCUACAAAAAACAAAAGAUUUGUAAUAAGUGUAAUAGCUUGUUUACUAGGUGUAAUAGGAAGCAAUAAAGGACUUAUAAAAGAAGUAAGGACAGAAACAAAGGAAUAUCUUUUUGAAAUUGGUGCUUAAGUAACUCAGUGUGCAAGUGAACUCGU